AUGCCUUCAGCUACCCAGACCCUCACAGCGACCCUCGACGCGCUCUCCCUUCGCGGCUCCAACGGCACCUCACCCUUCAAGGGCGACCUCAAGGUCCAGCCUCUCGAGUUCAGCGGGGCACUGAACGCCAAGGACUACCCGCGCGAGGAGCUCACGCCUGCGCUCGGCGACCGCUUCGAUGCCGGCGUCAAGCUGAAGGAGAUCUUGGCGCUGCCGAAGGAGCAGGGCGACGCACUGCUGCGCGACCUUGCUAUUCUGAUCUCGCACCGCGGCGUCGUCUUCUUCCAGGACCAGCGCGAACUCGUCCCGGAAGACCUCGGCAACCUCGCCCUCCGCCUUGGCGAGCUGGCCGCCAAACCCUCCGACUCGUCUCUGCACAUCCACCCCACGCAAGAGCUGUCCGAGAACGGCCUCCCGCUCGGAAAGAUCUCGUCGACGCCCGACAAGGAGGGACGGCAGAUCUCGUUCCCUGAGAAGGGGUUGACGUCGGCUGGAUGGCACACGGACGUCUCGUUCGAGCCGCGACCGUCGCUCUUCACGAUCCUUCAGAUGCACACCAUCCCUCGCGUCGGCGGAGACACCCUCUGGUCUUCCAACUACGCCGCCUACGACCGCCUCACUCCCGCCUACCAGAAGUUCCUUGAAGGCCUGACGGCCGUUCACGACGCCGAGCGCUUCCGGACCCAGUCGCGGCUCAACGGGUUCAAGCUGCGGACUGAGCCGAGGGGAAGUCCGCUGAACCAGGGCGAUGCGUUCCAGGCUACGCACCCGAUCAUCCGGACCAACCCCGUCACUGGCCAACGAGCGCUCUUCGUCAACCCGACUUUCACGACCAGAAUCAACGAGCUCAACCACGACGAGUCGCGAAGCGUGCUCGACUACCUCUUCCGCGUGCAGGCCGAGAAUCACGAGAACCACGUCAAGUACCGCUGGGGCAAGUACGACGUUGCGAUUUGGAGCAACCCGGUCGUCAACCACCUCGCCACGUUCGAUUACACCGAGUACCGCGCAGGAGACCGCGCAGUCGUCGUCGGCGAGACGCCCUACUUCGACCCGGCGAGCACCGGCAGGCGGGAGUGGCUCAUCCGCAGCGGGCAGGAGGUUGCAGCAUGA